AUGCGGGCUACUCUUUGGACUUGGCAUCAAAUGUUGCUGCUUGCUGUAAUGUUUGUUAUGAGAGGGCAUUUGAAUUCGAUGGAAGUGGAUGAUAAUGAUAAUGAUAAGAAUCAAUUAUUGCCUAAUGUUGAGAAGUGCACCGCAUUUGUUGAACAAUCAAUCAGUAAAUGUCUCCAGCCAAUCUUGGAUUAUGCAGGAAAACUGCAAGAUAAAGGUGCAGUACAACUGCCUGCACAAGGAACGAAUAUUUUCAGAGAACUCUGUGAUAUUUAUGCUCAUUUCAAGGAGUGCACUCAAGAUAUGUCUUGUUCAAGUAUAUCGCUGGAAGCGAUUGAUGCUAGUUACGGAUACAUGUGUGGUGAGAAAUAUCAAUUAUUUGAAGAUUAUGCUACCUGUUUUGCUGAGGUAGAAAUAGAAAAUAAUUAUGUGGAAUGCAGAAAUGAAGCAAGUGCAGCUAUAACAACGGCACAAAAGGCGAAAAUCGCUAGCGAUUAUAGCCAAUAUUUCAAGCUUUUAUGCGACAUUAUGAAUCAUUAUUUGCGAUGUUGUCAUCCUGUAAUCAAUACACAUUGUGGACGAGGCGCUUGGGAAUUAGUGCGAACGGUUACUUUGGACAGUUUACGUGUAACUAUGCCAACAUGUGAUUUACAUAACACAUUAUUGUAA